UGGGAGACCAGAGAUAGUGAAUGCAAGGUCCGGGGAGACCAGAUAUAGUGAAUGCAGGGUCCGGGGAGACCAGAUAUAGUGAAUGCGGGGUCCAGGGAGACCAGAGAUAGCGAAUGCAGGGUCCGGGGAGACCAGAUAUAGUGAAUGCAGGAUCCAGAGAGACCAGAGAUAGUGAAUGCAGGGUCCGGGGAGACCAGAUAUAGUGAAUGCAGGGUCCGGGGAGAGCGGAUAUAGUGAAUGCAGGGUCCGGGGAGACCAGAUAUAGUGAAUGCAGGGGUCCGGGGAUACCAGAUAUGGUGAAUACAGGGUCCAGGGAGACCAGAUAUAGUGAAUGCAGGGUCCGGGGAGACCAGAUAUAGUGAAU